AUGGUUGCCGUGGCGGCCCAGGGCCCGAUCCGCGCCGACGCCGUGCCGGCGGCGGCGGAUGCGGGCAAGGCCAGGGAGGACGAGGUGCGGGAGUACAAGAGCGACGUCAGGAAGCUGGAGGAGCUCUUCAAGAAGCUCAACCCCUCCGCGGCCGAGUUCGUGCCGCUCUCGCGCCGCCAGGCAGGCGGCGACGGCAACCGCAGGCUCUCCGCCGACGCGCCCGUCUUCGUCGCCCCCGCCCCCGCCGCCGCCGCGAUCGACUACUACGCGCCCCACCACCCCUUUCACCACCACCCCCAGCAGCAGAUGCACGUGCUGCAGCUCGUCGGCGGCGGCGCCGGGGGUGGGGGCGGCGGCAGGGACUCCAGCAGCGACGGAUCCGCCAGCGGCCAGCCGAAUCGACGGAGAAGGAAUGGCUUCAACCAGGGAAGACGGAGGAUGGGUGUCCGCCCACGGCGAUCUGAUAGGGAGGACAGUGUGCGGCGAACUGUCUAUGUCUCUGACAUCGAUCAGCAUGUCACUGAACAGAAGCUUGCUGAAGUUUUCUCAAACUGUGGUCAGGUUGUAGAUUGUCGUAUCUGUGGUGAUCCAAAUUCGGUGAUGCGUUUUGCCUUUAUCGAGUUUGCUGAUGACGUUGGUGCAAGAGCAGCUCUAUCACUUGGUGGAACCAUUCUUGGUUUUUAUCCUGUCAGAGUUCUGCCAUCGAAGACUGCGAUUUUGCCUGUGAACCCUAAAUUUCUUCCCCGAACUGAGGAUGAGAAAGAAAUGGUAUCUAGGACUGUGUACUGUACUAACAUUGAUAAAAAUGUUCCGGAAGAGGUUGUGAAGAAAUUUUUUGAGGGAAUUUGUGGUGAGGUUGCUCGACUGAGGCUGCUCGGUGAUUAUGUGCACGCGACAUGCAUCGCCUUUGUUGAGUUUGUUCAGAAACAAAAUGUCUGAUCUUACAGGAAACUUCAGAUAAAUUGCAGAGUGGCCUAAGAUUUAGUCUCGGCUGCAUAAUAACAGAGUGCGUCAACUACCUGCUUUGCAUGUUAACAAUUUGUAAAUCUGCUCCGAGUUAACAUUUAAACAGGUAAAAGAAUACCCAAAAUCCCAUCCAUUCUGAAUUCUGAAACCAUCCCACAUAGCAUGCAACACAAUGCUUCCUUUAUGAUCUGAAUCUCAAGGACUUUCGCUUCAGCAACAGUGCUGAAUCUUCUGAUAAGCGGUACCCAUCUCAGACAAGGCGCAGUCUGCUCCACUAGUUUUGUUUUGAUCCCCACUGCAUACUCUUGUCACUCUCUUUUGCCUGCAUUAUAGGCUGCAUCUUCAACCAUUAGCAACGGUAGUACACGAUGAAGUGGAAUCACAAGGCAUUUUGUUCUUAACCAGAUAGUUUUGCAUGUUUUCCUGUAUCAGCAAAAGAAUAGCUGCAACACCUACUUUGAUCGUCCUAUUUUUAGUGCAUGAACCUUUGAGCCAAUCAUCAAAUGCAUUAUGGCCGUUCAGAUUUACUUUCUGAAAGCAAAACACACAUUUCACAAUGUUUCAGUUUAGAUACUGAUCCAAACUGCAAAGUUUCUGACAGACCGCCGAAUCAACAAAUACAUUUCCUUUCCCAUCAUGAUUCGAUCAAAUAUUCUGUAGACAAGAUAAUCUUCCUCCAUAACAAAUGCACAAACAUUAACUUAACGAUAAAGCCACACCCCUAUGAAUGGAGCCUUGUGUACUAUGUCUAAAAGGGAAGCGUGACAUAGAACUGAUUAUACGGUCAAUAAUUGUUCAGUCUUGCUUAACCUUGUUUGAGUUUAGUGGAUUUUAAAUUUUUUUAGACACUGAUGCUGAAAAUUUUGACCAUAUCUCUGAUUUCUCCUUAUCGGAUCUUUCAGAACGUGAUAGUGUCCUGUUAUAUUUCCAGCAUUUUCCCACUGUGAGAAUGUUGCUAAAUGCUAUCCCAUCAUCUAGGAUAUUUAUCUGUUGCCAUUCCCAUAGUUUUUGUAUUCAGUUUCCAUGAUCUUGUACUACCAAGUCCCCAAAUAGAUGAUCCUUUAGAUAGACUGCAGUCAAACUACUUCAUUGAUAUUUAAUUGUUAAAAGAUAUGUAUGUUAGGUGGAAAUGAUGCAAUCCUAGAAACUAGUUUCACAAAUUUUGUAUGAUGUGUUAGGUCAAGGUUGCAUGUUUGAAAUCAUGACACAAAAAGUUCCAUCUAUUUUGGAUUUGGGUUAUUAAGGAUUUGAUUAUUCAUGUCUGCUUUCAGUCUGGAGUAUUACUAUUGUGUUUGGAUCUCGUGUGUAAAGUUUCAGAAGUUAGAAUAAAGUAGAUUUUUUUUUUAUAAGAUUCGUGAUGGCAGAAGUUGGAUGUCAUGCGAUUAGUAUAUCGUAGCCAAUCGAGUUUGGUGUUUAUUACUAGGGUUGAUUCAUAGUUUGUUGUAACUCUUGCUAUAUUCAAUUUUAUCCUCUCUCUGGCAUUUAUGUUUGUUGUAACUCUUGCUUUGGUUCCCUUGUGUUUCUGUUGGGUUUCAUAUCUAGCCUAACCCAACCUGCUUGGGAAAAAGGCUUUGAUGAUGUUGUUGUUUGCUCUGGCAUUGAAGUCAAACUUUUCAUGCUUCGCAAGUUCCUUUACUUGUAACUGUAUUCUGGAAACUUGAAAUAUAUUCUACCUAUCUGUGCUCUACAUGUCAAAUGUCUUAUAAGCACAGCACAUUCAAGAGCCAUUACUUAUUACAAUUAUGUUUGUUAGUUGGUGUUUAGAAAGCUUUGUUGCACCUAAUGACUUGCUGGAGCCUAGAACGAUCUUUCAUGAAUUGAUCUCUGUUUUUUCACAUCUGGCAAUUCUUGCGUUAACCACUUGUUUUUUCAGUUCUAUUUUCAGAAUUGAAAUACAUUGUGCCUUGUAUGUAACAUAUGUGGUUGAUUUUUUGCCUUACAAUGUUGUUCUUGUCUAGGCCUUUUAACCUUCUUCUUUUCUUUGUAU